AUGGGUCUUCUCCGCCCGGCAACCCCUUUAUCCGUCAUCUUCUUCGUCGCCUUCGUCCUCCUCCUGCUAUCCACCCUCAGCACGCCAAUCAUCCACGCCAUCCCCCUCGGCGCAUUUCAAGGAUAUAAUUUCGGCGUCUUUGGAUACUGCAAGGGUGAUCAAUGUUCCGGGUUUAAGAUUGGCUACAGUACAGAUAAUUUAUUCACCGGCCCAAACGCCAAUGACUUCACACUACCAUCCUCCACCCGCCACUCGCUCUCCGCCAUUCUCAUCGUCCAUCCGAUCGCCGCAUUCUUGGUCCUGAUAUGCUUUGGUCUGGCUUGCGCGGCACACUUUCACUCGCCCUCGCACUCUCCUCGAUAUCUGCUCGGUCUUCUGAUCCUCACCGUCCCGACUCUACUCGUCACGCUUCUGGCCUUCCUGGUUGACAUCCUACUAUUUGUACCGCACAUGCAAUGGGGUGGCUGGAUAGUGCUCGCAGCUACCAUCUUGAUCAUCGCGUCCAGUGUCGUGACGUGUGCUAUGCGGAGAACUUUGGUCAGCCGCAAAGCAAGGAAGAAGCGGAUUGCGGAGAAUGCCGAGAUGAAUGGCGCAAACUACUACGAGAACAUGAAUCAGAAUCGUCUGAUGGCAGAUGAGCUCCCACGAGCAGACAGUCCACCUCCUAUGAGUGGCACAACGGCUGCCGACAAAGCAGGCGUGGCUUCGUUCGCGACAUUCGAGAUGAAGCACACGAACAGUGCAGGCAGCGGAGAAGGCACCUUACCCAACAAUAACGACGAUCGGACACCUUUGAACCCAACGCGGGAGCAGAGCAUCAGAUCCGCGAGCACUGGACGAAGGCCAUACGGACCGCAAGGCGGUGAAGAUAUGCCACCGAUGCCACAUGGGAGACCAAGCAUGGAGAGCAAUGGCAAUGGCAUGGGUGGUAGACCAAGCCGAGAUCAAUAUGGCAACAUCAUACCUGCUGCGGCUGCGAUGGGUAUGGCUGGCGAUCUACCUUCACCUGGUCUCAGACAUCAAGGAUCGCAAGGCAGCAUGGGCUCGAACAGAUCAGGAGGCUAUCAGCGUGGUGGGAGAGCAGGCUAUGGCCCUCCUGGUCGGGGCUACGGUCCUCCGAGAGGUGGAUAUGGUGGCCCACCUAGAGGAGGCUACGGACCCCGGGAAGGCUUCCGAGGCCAAGGACCUCCACCUCCAGGCUGGCGAGGGCGGGGUGGAUAUGGUCCGCCACCAGGCAUGAUGCGUGGAGGCGGUCGACCUGGACCGCCACCUGGAUAUGCUGGACCGCCUCCCAACGACGGAUAUUACAGUGGUCCUCGAUCUGGUCCUGCAAGCCCGACAAUGGACGGGCCGCCACCUCCGAUGCAUGACGAGUUUGUGGCUGGGCCCAUCGGCCAAGCCAUCGAGAUGGAUGAGCGUCAUGGGUCGCCACCCAUAGCAGGGCAAAGAUCGGAAGUGGCUUCCCCAUAUGGCUUGCGAGACAGCGACGGUGAUGUCGCUGGUAUGGUGGGAUUGCAGCAAGGUCGGAACAGCCCGAUGCGACGAGAGAGUGAGCGCAGUAGUGCUAUGCGUAGUACGAGCGACUACAGCGAUCAGUAUGUUCUGCUGCACGAAAGCGGUGAUCCAGAAAGCUUACAGAUUAACAGCACAUACGUCCCGCCUCGAGCACAAUGGCAGCAGCAACCACCGCCAAUGCAUCACCAAGAUUCCGACUCCUCGCGAGGGCUUUCAUCAACCGCUGCCCCUUCCUCUCGAGCCUUGCCGCUCUCACCAGUAGCAGGCUCACCACGCUCACCCCUCGGCAUGCACGCUCCUCACCACGCUCGCGGCGGCUCAGACGCCUACUACGAAGACGUCGACCCGCGCUUUGCAGUCGACCCAGCCAGCGAAGUCGGCCACAGCGACCACGCAGGACCACUGCCCACGGCCCUGACACCAGGCGGCUAUGGUCCGCCUUACGCAAACCAACGUAUGCCUACCCCUACCAAUACCACCACCCAAGACCCGAACCUCCUCCAAGCCCCUGCCCGCACCUUUCACAAUAAUUCCGUCGCACCACAAGAUCGCUCCAACAUUCCCAGCUAUGUCAGCGGAACGAGCGUCGGAGCUGGAGAUGCGAGUUCCGGGAGUGCCGUCGUUGCUUCUGGAGUCGACACUGACAAUGCCCAUAGCACACCGUCUCUAGAUCGACCGCCCUCCGAUGGUCUCGUAGCAGGAGGAUCCAACGGGACCGGACCGGAUAAUAGUUACGAGAACCUGCCCAUGGGCGCCAGGUCUCCGGGCGAAGGCAGCGAAGCUUCUCAUUUCACCAGCAUUUCUCAACGGCCUAUCAACCCGGACUGGAGACCGCAGGGUGGAAGUGCCUACGGAGGCAGCAUGAUGGGCCCACCGCCCAGCUCCGCGAGCGCCGCGCAGAGGAGACGGGAGGAUGUGAUUCUGACCGCGAACCCGGAUUUCGCCUUACCGGGCAUGAGUCCUAUUGGUCGAGGUCGAGGCAGGGGGAGAGGGGGAGGAAUGGCGGGGAUGAGUCGGAUGGCGUCGCCCCCGAUUCAGCCGGCUAUGGUGCCUGGUGGUCGGUACCCGACGGAUAUCUAG